AUCUAAGGUAAUGCCACCAAACGCUCAUGAGUCCUCCAGCAGGUUGCAUUUCCGAAUCUAAUGCCUCAUGCCUCGGCAGGUUGGUCAAUGAAACGAGUCAUUGUGGUGGGGUACUUGAAUUGGCAAUCCGCUGAAUGCAUCAGGAAGAGUCUUAGGGCAGUGGCUCUGAGCUCAGAGGACGGCAUCAAGUCACCUUAAGGGAAUUCCGAGAGUUGAAUGAUCCCCUGUUCUGAAGUUUGUGAACUUCACUCAAGAUUCAUGGCUGGAAUACCUCCCAUGGGCCCAUAACAAUUGAUAUUUUGGGGUGAGCCACUCAGCCAAACGCAAAAUCUUUCGAUGAAUUGGUCGCGGUGCAAACGACCCCAUGACGAAUGGUAGCUGAAGAUGUCAUACCGGGCAGACGAAACUUCCACCCCGUGCCCAUUUUGCCUCCUCGGUGUCCCGCUUCUCCUGUAAAAUCAUUGAUCGACUUAGCUAGAAAGGGCCAAAGAGGUGAGAGGCUCCAUCUUGGUUCCUUGAAUAUGGAGCUUUGAUCUUGCGUGAAACUUGGCUAGAAAACAAUGCUCAUCGACCUCCCAAACUAAGUAAAAC